AUGACCCAGCGGCGGCGGCCUCGCAACGGCGGGAAACACGCGCGGCGCCCGCCGGGGCGGCGGCUCCCGAAAGGGCCAUGCACCGUGCACGCAUGCAGGAAUAGGCUCUCGCGACAGGGCUCGACGUGGGAGGGGCGCGCAGAGCAAGGAGAAAACCAGACGCGGGGAGGGGAGGGGUGGGGACGCCUGCGGCCCAUCUCUGGCGGCGAGGGAGCAUCGGAUCAGGAAGCCGGGGGCGCGGUCGUGGAGACAAAGGUGCCUCUUGGUGCCCCCUGGAGCCACGGUGUCAUGAAGAUCUGCGUGGACUUCUGCCGGGCCAGCUGGAGGUGA